UGAUACAAAUGACACAACUAACAGAUUCACCGUAAGUGGACUAAUGGCUGAUACCACAUACGUAUUCCAAGUUCGUAGUGUUACCAAUGACAUGGAAGGAGAUUACAGUGAACAAAGCGAUCCCAUCAAUAUACCAAAAUCCUUAUCAACAAAAAUGCUUAGUUUCUCUAUCAAAAUUCCAAAUACCGACCCUGUAAAAUACCAAUUAGCAGCCUUCGAAAAUAGAGAGGCCCGCAAUCCCCCUGCUAAGACAAGACAACUUUUUCUAGGAAACCUUUCAAUUGGAAAUAAAUGUGAAAAAACAAUUAUGCUAGUUGGUGCGACACGUUCGGGAAAGAGCACACUGGUGGACGGUAUAAUAAAUUAUAUUUUGGGUGUCAGAUUCGAAGACCCUUUUCGAUUCACACUGGUAAGCCAAGAGCAUGACGAAAUGAAGACACAAAAUCAGGCAGAGUCUCCAACAGAAUGGAUCAUCGUAUACAAGAUCACCCCACAAGAAGGAAGUCGGCUAGACUACACUCUUAACAUCAUAGACACCCCAGGGUUUGGAGAUAGACGUGGAAUCCAGAGAGACAAAGCUAUCGUUGAUCAAAUUAGACUUUUAUUUUCAGCAGAAGGCACACAAGGUGUAGCAUUCAUAGAUGCUGUUUGUUUAAUUGUCAAAGCCCCUGAUGCACGCUUAACAGCUUACCAAACGUAUAUUUUUCAUUCGAUAAUGUCAAUGCUUGGAAAAGACAUUCAGUCAAACAUUUGUACACUGAUAACUUUUGCAGAAGGAAACGAGCCUCCAGUUCUCUCCUGUCUAAGAGCAGCCAAUAUUCCCUUUGGGUCAUGGUUUCCUUUCAAUAAUUCUGCUUUGUUUGCAAGCAAUAAGAAUUUACUGAAUACUUCCUUAUCCUAUUUGUUCUGGGAAAUGGGUUGUAAAAGUUUUAAAAAUUUCUUUGAAAAACUGAAAUCAUUUAAAACAAAGAGCGUUAUGCAAACCAAAGAGGUACUAAAAGAAAAGCAGCAUCUGCAGUUGAUUUUGAUAAAUAUUCAACCCCUGGUAAAUGCAGGUUUACUGAAACUUAAUGAAUUACAAAAUACAAUAAUGCUUUUCAAAAAGCACCAAAAUUAUUUCGAAAGUAACAAGAAAAAACUUUAUGAAAAGGCAAAGGAUGAGAAAAUGAAACAAAAAAAAUAUUUAGAGGGUAUUGAAGAUGACACAGGUCGUCUUUUUAACACAACAAGUAAAAUGAUGUAUGAAAUGUCGAUAUGCAAAAAUAGGUUGGAAGAAAUAGCUUUGAGGCCUGAUCCUCUUUCAAAUGUUGAACAAAUUGAUCUAAUGAUAAAAGCUGAAGAGAUGGAUAGGGGAGAAGGCUUAGGAAUAAGAAUAAGGAUGCUUAAUGAAGUCAAACAAUUAGCCAAAACUGCUCAGAGAGUACAAUGUUUGGAACAAAAUAUGCAAAUAGCUAAAGACGAUUUAUCUAAACUAAUUGACAGCGAGAACAUGUGCUGA